GAGCGACUCGGCCAUGGUGAAGAUUGUGUCCCUCGGUGUCCUCCGCCAAGAAGCGGGAACGAAGCCCAUCAUCCUCGCGAAUGCGUUCGACCUCAACUCGUUUACUUAUUUCAAGCGCUCUGGCGUCCGGGAAAUGAUCACGUUCUUCAGCCGCACGUUCGUCGAGCGGACACAGAAGGGUCAGCGCCAGUCGAUCCAGCACGAAGAGUACAACUGCCACGUGUACGUCCGCCAAGAUGGCCUCGCCGGUAUCGUGGUGUGCGACCAAGACUACCCGCCACGCGUCGCGUUUGCGCUCAUGAACAAGAUGCUCGAAGAGUUCAACAAGGAGACGAACGGGUCUUGGGCACAAAACCCGGGCAACGGCAGCUUGGAUUGGGCACCGCUGACAAAGGCGCUCGAAGACUACCAGGACCCGACGAAGGCGGACAAGAUCUCGGCCAUCCAGAAGGAGCUUGACGAAACGACGGCGGUCUUGUCCAAGACGAUUGACAGCGUGCUGGAGCGCGGCGAGAAGCUGGACGACCUCGUGUCCAAAUCGGCGGAUCUGAGCAGCCAGUCCAAGGUGUUUUACAAGCAAGCAAAGAAGACGAAUAGCUGCUGCGUCGUCAUGUAGACGCCGGUCAGCGACAAAGCGGAACAAUAGAUAUUCUUUUUGCGUCUAGC